GGAGCCGCAUCUAUACCGAGACCAUCAGAAUACAUUGUCUGCGCUAACGCAGAGGAGAUGGGCAGGAGAGGCGGCGAGCACUGCUGUCGGCUUGCGGGAGAAGAGAAGAGCCGUUUGGGUUUGCAUGGAUUUGGAUUCUAAGGUCCCCUUCCAUCGGUUCAGACCUCAGAAUGACGUCUUCUUCGCCGCUGACAGCUUGACGGUUGGUCUAUCUAUCUACCUGGCGGAACGGGCUAACGGCAAAAAAAGGACGGGAGGAAAAGAAGAGCGAGCCAUCACUUCACCGGUUUGAUCGAUCGGUCGGAAGCAGAACGGGCUUGGGGACCAGUUUGAGUGUGCGUGAGGAAACCGAUAUCGCCUCUGGGGCAUUCUUUCAACGGCAGGAGGCUAGGAGGCUACAGCACGUUUGACUGAGGAGGAGGAGGUGCCGAUACAAACAAAAUAAACCUUUAAAGCUGACCAAAUAUAUACCUCGGUGUCAAAAAAAGGGGGUCGAUAGGAAAAGAGGCAUUACGCAGUGUCGACCAAAACACUUCAGGAUACAAGUACAGGUGUUGUGAGGUACCAGCCACAGCCCAGUGCUGGAUCCCAGAGGGCCAUUCAGUGUGGUAAGGACCCUAACCCCAGGACCCCCGAGGGUGGAUGGAUCGCUUCAGGCCGAGGCUGACGAGGCCGGGGCCGGAGAUCAGGACGGGGUCGUCCUCCUCCUCCUACCAAGCCUGCCUCUGGUUGGGCCUGCUCUCCGUGGCCGCAGCCUUCAAGUGCGCAGAGGGCACCCGCACCACCCCCAGCCCCGCCACCACAGACUCCCACAAUGCCACCUGCUCCGAGGGCACAUCCAGGUGCAAGCCAGGAAUCGUCCUGCCCAUCUGGUACCCUGAGGACCCCUCCAUGGGGGAUAAGAUGGCCCGAGUCAUCGUCUACUUUGUAGCUAUGAUCUACAUGUUCCUGGGAGUGUCCAUCAUAGCAGACCGCUUCAUGGCGGCCAUCGAGGUCAUCACCUCCCAGGAGAAGGAGAUUAUUAUUAAGAGAGCCAACGGAGAGACCACCACCGCUACCAUCAGAAUCUGGAACGAGACGGUCUCCAACCUGACGCUCAUGGCCCUGGGUUCUAGUACCCCCGAGAUCCUGCUGUCUGUCAUCGAAGUCUGCGGACACGACUUCGUAGCUGGCGAGCUGGGGCCGUCUACGAUCGUCGGCAGCGCUGCCUUCAACAUGUUCGUGAUCAUCGGCCUGUGUGUGUCUGUGAUCCCCGAGGGAGAGACGAGGAAGGUGAAACAUCUCAGAGUGUUCUUUGUGACGGCGGCGUGGAGUAUCUUCGCCUACAUCUGGCUCUACAUGAUCCUGGCGGUGUUCAGUCCCAACGUGGUCCAGAUAUGGGAGGGGCUACUAACCCUGGCCUUCUUCCCCAUCUGUGUCAUCCUGGCCUGGGUAGCCGACCGACGACUCCUCUUCUACAAGUUCAUGCACAAGAAGUACCGCGCUGACAACCACCGCGGCGUCAUCAUCGAGACCGAGCACGAGCGUUCCAAGAGCAUCGAGAUGAUGGACGGCGGCGGCAAGAUGGUCAACUCACACUUCGCCCAUGACGGAGGCGCCGCCAAUAACCUCAUCAGCCUGAUCGAGGGGAAAGAAGUGGACGAGUCUCGGCGGGAUAUGAUCCGGAUCCUGAAGGACCUGAAGCAGAAACACCCAGAGAAAGAGAUGGACCAGCUGGUAGAGAUGGCUAACUACUACGCCUUGUCCCACCAGCAGAAGAGCCGAGCCUUCUACCGCAUCCAGGCCACGCGCAUGAUGACGGGCGCCGGGAACAUCCUGAAGAAGCACGUGGUGGAGCAGACCAAGAGGAGCGCCAGCGUACAGGAAGUGUGCGUGGUGGGGGAGGACGUCGAGGAGUACGUGUCACGGAUCGCCUUCGAACCCGCCGUGUACCAGUGCCUGGAGAACUGUGGCGCCGCCCUGCUGGCCAUCUUCAGGAAGGGCGGCGACAUGGCCAAUACCAUUUACGUGGAUUACAAGACGGAGGACGGCUCAGCCAACGCCGGCGCAGACUACGAGUUCACCGAGGGAACCGUGGUGUUCAAGCCCGGCGAGAUUGUCAAGGAGAUCAGCAUCGGAAUCAUCGACGACGACAUCUUUGAGGAGGAUGAGCACUUCUUUGUGCGUCUCAGCAACGUGCGUGUCCUGGAGUCAGACGAGGACGAGACACUACUGUCCCCCAACUCUCUCCCGUACCCUAAGGCCCUGCUGGGGUUCCCGUCCGUCGCCACAGUUACCAUCCUGGACGACGACCACGCCGGGAUAUUCACCUUCGAGAGCGACACGUGUCAGGUGAGCGAGAGCGUGGGCGUGAUGGAGGUGAAGGUGCUGAGGACUUCGGGGGCGAGGGGGACAGUCAUCGUUCCCUAUCGUACCAUGGAGGGGAUCGCCAAGGGAGGAGGGGAGGACUUUGAGGACACCUACGGAGAACUGGAGUUCAGGAACGACGAGACCUGCAAAACAUUUCAUGUGAAAGUGAUAGACGAUGAGGAGUAUGAGAAAAACAAGAACUUCUUCCUGGAGCUGGCCGAGCCUCGCAUGGUAGACAUGAGCCUGCAGAAAGCACUGUUACUGGCUGAAGAUGUCCCUAAGUUCUCGUCAGAGGAAGUGGAAGCUAAGCGGAUCGCAGAGAUGGGGAAGCCAGUGCUGGGGGAACACUCCAAACUGGAGGUCAUCAUCGAGGAGUCCUACGAGUUCAAGAACACAGUCGACAAGCUGAUCAAGAAGACGAACCUGGCUCUGGUGGUGGGCACCAACUCCUGGAGACAACAGUUCAUGGAGGCUAUCACAGUCAGUGCAGGAGACGAGGAUGAGGAAGACUCUGGUGAAGAGCGUCUCCCGUCAUGUUUCGACUACGUCAUGCACUUCCUCACCGUCUUCUGGAAGGUGCUGUUCGCCUGUGUUCCUCCCACGGACUACCUGAACGGCUGGGCCUGCUUCUUCAUUUCCAUCAUCAUCAUCGGCAUGCUGACCGCAGUGAUCGGCGAUCUGGCCUCUCACUUUGGCUGCACCAUCGGGCUGAAGGACUCUGUUACUGCCGUGGUGUUUGUGGCGCUGGGUACAUCCGUCCCUGACACAUUUGCCAGUAAGGUAGCGGCGGUGCAGGACACAUAUGCAGACGCCUCCAUCGGUAACGUGACGGGCAGUAACGCGGUCAACGUGUUCCUGGGCAUCGGGGUGGCGUGGUCGAUAGCCGCCAUCUACUGGCACAUGCAAGGCAAGCAGUUUGUGGUGGAGGCCGGCUCGCUGGCCUUCUCCGUCACCCUCUACACCAUCUUCGCCUUCCUGGGGGUCUCCGUGCUGCUGUACCGCCGCCGGGCCCACAUCGGGGGGGAGCUGGGCGGGCCGCGCGGCCACAGACUGGCCACCUCAGCCUUCUUCUUCAGUCUCUGGUUCCUCUACAUCCUCUUCUCCAGCAUGGAGGCCUACUGUCAUAUAGAGGGCUUCUAGAACACUUCUGAAACACUUCUGGAACACUUCUAGAACCCUUCUGAAAGGCUUCUGGAGCAUUCUAGAGCCUCCUUUCAGGCUCCUUCCAGGAAGUUCAAAGUAGAACUUUAAGAAGUAAAAGUGGGAAUGAUGUGGAAUGAUGGUUUGUCGGUAUAACGGGAUGAGAAGAGGAGAAGAAUAGGAAGUGAAGGGGAUUUGUGGUGGUAAUAACCCCCUCUCCUCCACCCUCCCUCAACCCCCCUCUAAGGACCCCCAGAUGUGGUCAGUCUAUCUAUCUUUGUUAAGGCAUUGAGAGCAGCCUGUUACCCAUGUAGGAGUGCUUCCAGCUGGGAUUGGGGAACCGUCAUACUGGGGUGAGAGCACCAGGAGUAGGUCUCAUCUGGUCUGGUUUGUAUUCCACUAGAAGAGACAUCAUCUGGUCUGGUUUGUAUUCCACUAGAAGAGACAUCAACUGGUCUGGUUUGUAUUCCACUAGAAGAGACAUCAACUGGUCUGGUUUGUAUUCCACUAGAAGAGACAUCAACUGGUCUGGUUUGUAUUCCACUAGAAGAGACAUCAACUGGUCUGGUUUGUAUUCCACUAGAAGAGACAUCAUCUGGUCUGGUUUGUAUUCCACUAGAAGAGACAUCAUCUGGUCUUAAAACUGGAGAGAUCUGAGCUACCAUCAGAAGUCUAUAUGUUUCUCAAACACCUUGAUGAGAACAACUCUUUUUUUUUUACAACAAACAAAAAUGACACAAAAAAAAAAGACAAAUCAUAGAUGCUAUUUUCUGAUCUUACAUUGUGGAGAACAAAAAAAGAUGAUAUCGUUUAAUGGAUAUUAUGUUGUUGAUGAUGAGUGACAAUUGAAUGGACUCAUAGUAUUUAGUUUCUUAUUUUUAAGGAACGAAUAAAGCGGCAGAUUUCUCAGAGGAGGAACAACGGGGGAAAACGAAGUAGCAAAACGAAGUAACGACAGAUCGAAAACGAAGUAACAAAACGAAGUAACGACAGAUCGAAAACGAAGUAACAAAACGAAGUAACGACAGAUCAACGAUCAAACUAAAGACGGAAGGAAAAGAACAAGAAGGAAAACAAGGAUUAUUAAACUGCCUUGAACAUUACUUCAUUACUCUCUCUCUAUAUAUAUAUAUAAUAUAGAGACAUAUUUUCUGUAUAUUUUGAAUAUUUGUUUUCAAUGUUGUCACAUUUUGCUUCUUCAGUCCUACAGAGGACCGCUGUGGUUUGGUUUGGUUUGAGGGGGUCGUAUCCUGGGAAAAGGAUACCUAUGUCUCAAAUGGCACCCUGCAGAGAGAAAUACUUUUCCCCAGGGCUCAUAUAGCUCUGGUGCACUACGUAGGGAAUAGGGCUCUGGUCAACGGUAGUGCACUACGUAGGGAAUAGG